AUGUCAUCGUUUCGAUCGAAUUCCUGGCGAACACCUCUCCCUCCACGCUCUGCCGCUUCAUUUGCUUGUCCAUUUCCCUUUCGAGUGAUCCCAAAUCUUCCCGAUGUCGUUUUACGAAAAGUCUUCUCUAUGCUCUCCUAUAAAGAAUUAUGUGCUUGUGAAGUGGUAUGCCGUCGAUGGCAAACCAUCAUUCAUCAACAAAUGAAAAAAGAUAUCCAAGAAAUCACUCUUGAAUCGAUUGGCUCCUACAAAAUUUCUUGCCCAUCAACAUCAGCCGAUUUCCUUGGAGGCGUCAUUCGACGACAUCGUCUCUCACUUUCUCGUCUCACCACCGAUUUUCGUUUCCUUUCCACUAUUGAUUCGAUAAAAGUGAAUAAAGACGCGAGACGUAAAUACUUUGGAAAAGUUGAUGAUCUCUGGGUGCUGAUAGUAGGAUUACGAGAUGAAGAUGUGCAACAUUAUCGAGCAGUUGAAGAACGAAUUUUUAAUGAAUUGACCACAUUAACUCUACAACUGAUGAUCUCUUCUCGAAAUGUGAUUGCACAAAAUGCGAUCGUUGUCUCACUUUUUUCUCUUCGUCAUCCUCAGGCGCAUAUCACGCUUGAAUUACAUGCUGAUAACGCUAAUCUAGUUUUCACUCAAUUAGAAGCAUUGGAAUCAAUCGCUUUCCUCAAGAUCAAAAUCAUCUGCACUGAAUUCAAUCUACCAACUCUACCACUUGAGAAACUUUCUGAGAUUCUUGCAACAAAGCGAAUUGGUGCAAAGAUCAUCACAUUCAGAGAUUGGACUUUAUCAUGUGAUGGAGUGACUCCAGUUGUGCCGUGUCCUCUUGACACAUUUCGAAUCUCUUCGUGCACGAUCGACUCAGUUGAUGCGCUCGUUGAUUCGUUUAAGGCUGCAGUUAAACAAGCAGCACCGAAAAAACUCGUCAAGAAAGUCGUCAAAAAGAAAGCCGAAGAGCAGCCACCAUCUGAUGAAGAGCCGAAGCCUAAGAAGAAAAUCGUGCGUAAAGUGAAAAAAAGACCACCAGUGGUUAAACGAGUUGAAGUUGCCGGUCAGUGCACGCUUCGUGGACUCGAUUUCCUUCACCACAAAGCGCAUAUGGAGUUAGAAAAUCGCUUAUCGGCUUGUGUACCGUCGAUUGAAGUGGACACCUCAGAAAUCUACUAUUGGGACAAUCACAUGACCGAC